UCGGAAAUAUAGUGUGUAGGAUCGGGUUCGGGAUCAAUCUCUAUGAGAGUAUGAGUGUGACUUCGUUGAUGAAGAUAGGAUCGUUGAUCUUGUGCACAAGUUUGAUGAGGUCUUAGAAGAUUCUCUGUUAUCUGAUUUCUUUCCCGGGAGAAUCGGCAGACUCAUCGACCGGAUCUCCGGUCAGAACAAGAAGUUGAACAAUCUUUUCUCGGAACUAGACACUUUCUUUCAGAAUAUUCUCGAUCAUCAUCUCAAGCCUGGAAGAGAGAGGUCAUAUAUUAUUGACGUGAUGAUCGAUAUGAUGAAGAAGCAAGAGAAAGAUGGAGAUGCUUUCAAGUUCACCACUGAUCAUCUCAAAGGGAUGAUCUCGGACAUAUUUCUAGCGGGAGUAGGCGCAAGCGCUGCCACAGCGGUAUGGGCAAUGACCGAGCUGAUCAGAAACCCGAAAGUGAUGAAGAAAGUGCAAGAAGAGAUUCAGACAACACUUGGGGACAAGAAGGAGAGAAUCACAGAAGAAGAUCUAAACCAACUUCACUACUUUAAGCUCAUGGUCAGGGAGGUAUUCAGGUUACAUCCAUCAGCUCCACUCUUGCUUCCAAGAGAGACAUUGUCUCAUGUCAAGAUCCAAGGCUACGAUAUUCCUGCGAAAAUACAGAUCAUUAUCAACGCUUAUGCAAUUGCUCGUGAUCCAAAACUCUGGGAGAACCCCGAUGAGUUUAACCCUGACAGUUUCUCGACAAUUCCAUAGAUUAUAAAGGACUAAACUUUGAGCUUAUACCGUUUGGAUCUGGUAGGAGAAUAUGUCCAGGGAUGACAAUGGGAAUCAUGCUUGUUAAGUUGGCAUUGUUGAAUUUGCUUUAAUUCUUUGAUUGGGGAUUGCCGAAGAUGGGUGAAGCCAACGAGAAGAUAUAUUGGUUUAUCUGAAGUAGUGUCUAUGUGAUACAAGUCGUGAUACAAGAUUGUUGUUGUUUUAUGUGACUGAGAAGUUUCUAGAAGGUUUGAG